AUGAAUCAGGAGGAUCUGUACUGGUUCACGUUCAUUCUUGUUACACUGCUUGGAUUCUUCACGUACAAACUGCUCACACGCCACCGUUCAUACUUUCGGAUGUUGCGUGUGCCCUUCGAAAAGCCCCAUUUUCUGUACGGCAAUCUGGACGAUGUGCUGAGCGGGAAGCUGACGACGAUGGAGAAAAUUGAACAGUUCUACCGAAAGUUCUCCAGCCAUGGAUUGUUCGGGUUUUUCAACUACAUGACACCGGCACUGUACGUACGCGAUCCGGCACUGAUACGCCAGCUGUUACAGCCCAACAUGCAUCAUUUCGAAAGCCAUGGAUAUUUUUUGGACGAAGAAAAGGAUCACUUUCUCGGCAGUCAGCUUCACCUCGUUAAAGGUGCCGAUAAGGCCUCGAAGGUGGCCUCAUUCGUUACGCCGAUUUUCCGCAACCCAAACAGCCUUUCCUCGAUGGAUCAGACUUCGCAAAAGUGUUGCACGGCGCUGGUUGAUUUUAUAACGUCACGCGUCGAGCUAGAGCUGGAAUUGAAGGCCAUUUUCCUAAAGCACACGCUGAACAUUUUUGCUGGCAUAGCGUUCGGCAAGGAGCUGAACACAUUCCAAGACGAUACGGAUCGAUUCUGUACCGUGGCUAGCGGGAUGGCAUACGGAACCAAUCCGACACAGGUGAUAAAAACGAUGGCAUUCUACCUGAUGCCUGGACUGAUGCGUAGCGCUGGCGUACAGUUUACCGAUCGGCAGGACAUUGAGUAUCUUGUCAAGCAGUAUCAUAGUGCAGCUUCCACACCCGGCCAAAACUCGAUAGCUCGUUCCCUCAGCCAAGUGAAUGACAAAUCGAAAACUUCUCUCCAGCUAACGGACGAACAGUUGACCGCACAGUGUGCCACCUUCUUUACGAAAGGGUUCGAACCGACGCUCAAUUUACUGUCGUUCGCAGCGUACGAGUUGGCCCAAAACAUGGACGUGCAGCGAAAGCUUUACGAGGAAUUGACUCACCAUGGUCUUACAGCAAAGCGCUCCACCGGUGUUCCAUCGUACGAGAGUAUCCGAUCGCUACCCUACCUGGAAGCGAUCGUACUAGAAACACUCCGCAAAUGGCCACCUCAUCCACUGCUGGUUCGAGAGUGUACGAAACCGUUUCUCAUUCCUGCCACCGAGAAUGGUGAUCGUGCUCCGAUCCCGUUGAAGGUGGGCGACAAACUGUACCUAUCCGUGUGGGCUCUACAUCGCGAUGAAGACUUCUUUCCACAGCCGGAACAAUUCGAUCCGGAGCGGUUCGUGGAUGCGAAUGCCCAACGGGUCAGCACAUUCAUUCCGUUCGGCAUUGGACGGGGAUGUGUUGGGCAAGAGUUUGUUAAGCUCGUAGUGAAGGUGACGCUGGUGGCUUUAGUACAACGGUUUAAGCUGCAACCCGGGGAGCGUACGGCGGAACCGGUAAAGCUAAUCGAAUCAGCUUCCUCACUAGAGGCACGCGAUGGCUUUUGGAUACGCAUGGAACCGCGAUUGUAA